AAAUGUCGGGCGCGCCGAUGGAGUGUGAGGAGUGUGGGUCCGAGGAUUUAGUGCAGGACUUUAACUCCGGGCACUUCACCUGUCGGCAAUGCGGGGUGAUCAACCACGCGCUGACCCAGCAGUUUGGGGAGGUGGACAUCGGGGACCAGGGCGAGAACGUGACCGGGCGGAAGCAGCAGGUGGUGUCCAUCCGGAUCAAAAAGGAUGCGGCGGCCCGGAAGGAGGCGCAGAUGACACAGCUGGACCGGGUAUCCUGAGUAAAAACGUACCCACACCAUAGUUGUCAUGCAACUCUGCAUGCUUAAAAUUUUUCUCAUGCGGAGCCCCAUGAGAAGCAUUUUCUAAUGCGGUUUUGAAAUUUGUCAUGCUUCAAUCAGCACGAGAUACUAGAUCUGUAAUGCUGCUAAACUAGCUAAAACAGCACUACACUACGCGGACAAACUUGUCAUGCCAAACAACCAAAGCUGGCUGAUUUGUCUAGCAGAUUCCCCAUCCUGACUCUGGUGUGGGUACGUUUUUACUCAGGAUACCGGGAUUUGCGGGACCUGGAAGACGAGGCCGGGGACUACGACGAGAUCACCGGGUUGAAGAGAAAGAAAAGGAAAAAAAACGGUCCGGACUGGGACGAGUCUGCAGAAG